UUUGCCUCUCAGUUUUUCCGUGCCAGACGUCCGGAAGAUUUAAUCCUUCAUUCAACUACAAUGGACCCUUCGCAUCAGCCAGCUCAUCCUGGUUGCCCCAUCAUGUCCUCACCUCACCAUCCUCGUCCGUCUCUCUCCCCAAGGCCAAUGGCCGCUGAUGUCAUGGAAAGCUAUCGCCGCUUCCAGCUACUUCAUAUCACCCAUGAGCUCGUUACGUGUCUGGAACAGCUCUGUUCUCCUGACCUCCCCGAGCAUCCUCAUCUGCUGUUCCAUAUUGUGAGAGGGCCUCUUACUAGCACGUCCUCGACUCAAACCCCUCUGCCUAACCUCGUGGAUCAGAGAACCCAAACUGAUGGCUGUCCUCAUGUUGAGCUUUGCAACCCUGAGCUCGGGACUCCCGCUUCUCCUCCUCCUCCAGUGCCUCAUGCCUAUAUCCGUCCUCUCAGUCCUGCCUUGGCAUCUCCUCCCUCUGAUUCCGGCCCUGGAACCCCAGAUUACAUUCCUUCUUCUCCCUCUGAUUAUGGCCCUGGAUCCCCAGACUAUUCCCCUACUUCGCCCUCCGAUUACUGAGAAUGUUUAUAAUAACCAAUAAACCUAUAACCAUU